UACACGUUAUUCGAUGGCUCUUGUUAAAUCAGCUGAUCAGAGUCAAAACGCCUCUCAUCCUCCACACAGCUAUGACGUGUUCUUGAGUUUCAGAGGCGAAGACACUCGCAAGACUUUUACUGAUCAUCUCUACACAGCCUUCGUAAACGCAGGCUUUCGCACAUUUAGAGAUGACGAUGAACUUGAAAGAGGAGAAGAUAUCAAGCCAGAACUGCAGAAAGCCAUCCAGCAAUCGCGAAGUUCUGUCAUUGUGUUAUCAAAAAACUACGCGUCUUCCCGAUGGUGCCUUGACGAACUUGUCAUGAUCCUCGAACGCAAAAGGACGUCAGAUUAUGUAGUUUUACCAGUCUUCUACGACGUAGACCCAUCUCAAGUGAGGAAGCCGACGGCAAGUCUUGCAACAGCUUUUGUGAAAAAUGGGUCCUUGAAGGUCAAGGUGGAGAAACGGAGGGCUGCACUUACUGAAGUUGCAGAUCUAGCCGGGAUGGUCUUGCAAAAUCAAGCUGAUGGGCACGAGUCAAAAUUCAUCAAGAAAAUUGUUAAGGUGAUUGAAGGCAAAUUAAGUCGCACUGCAUUCAAUGUUGCCCCACACGCACACCUGAUUGGAAUCCAUUCUCGAGUUCAAGAUAUUAAUUUAUGGUUACAUGAUGGAUCGAGUAAAGUUAGAGUACUUCUCAUUUAUGGGAUGCGUGGAAUAGGGAAGACAACCCUUGCAAAAUUCGUUUACAAUAUAAAUUUCAAAAGGUAUAAGGGAAGCAGUUUCCUGGAAAAUAUCAAAGAACAUUCAAAGCAAACCAAUGGUUUGGUACAAAUACAGAAGAAACUUCUUUCUGAUGUUUCGAACGGCAAAAGAGUGAAAGUAGGGAAUAUUAGCGAGGGAAUAAUUAAGAUUGAAGAUGCUCUUAGCUCUAAAAGGGUUCUUCUCGUUUUCGAUGAUGUGGAUCAUGUCGAGCAAUUAGAUGCAGUACUUAAGAUGCAAGGCCAGUUUUGUCCAGGAAGCAAAAUCAUCAUCACAACUAGCCACGCAGCUUUGUUAAAUGCUAGCCACCAAGCCAUUAAGGUGCAUAACCUUGAAACUUUUAGUCGCAAUGAGUCACUGGAGCUCUUCAGUUGGCAUGCAUUCGGGCAAGACCAUCCCGAAAAAGAUUACAUGGAACUUUCAGAAAGGGUGGUAAACCUUAGCGGAGGACUUCCAUUAGCUUUGAAGAUUUUGGGUUCUUCUUUAUCAGGGAAAAGUACAGUUGUAUGGGAAAGUGCAUUAAACAAAUUGGAAGCCAUUCCAAAUGGUGAAAUAUUGAAUAAACUCAGAAUAAGCUACGACUCUUUACAAGAUGAACAUGAUCGAAGUUUAUUUCUCCAUAUUGCAUGUUUCUUCAUCGGAAUGGAGAAAGACGUGAUUGUUAGAAUACUAGAUAGUUGUGGCUUCUACACAAUUGUUGGCAUUCAAAAUCUCAUUGAUAGAUGUCUGGUAACAGUUGAUGAAUAUAACAAGGUGCAUAUGCAUUACAUGAUCCGGGACAUGGGAAGAGGUAUUGUUCACCUAGAAUCAAAGGAGCCCGGGGAACGUAGUAGAUUGUGGAAUCAUAAAGAUUCUUUCAAAGUACUGAAAGAAAAGAAUGGUACACAAACAAUUGAAGGCCUUGUCCUGAACAUGGGAAUGCAUCCUGCAUAUUGCACUCCAAGAAAUUCGAAUGAGGAUUUGAUCGACUCCUUCCCUUUUUUCUUUGUUGGCAUUUUAACAGUAUCUUCCAUCAUUGAAGAUCCUAAACCUCAGUAA